GGACCCUUGCCUUAAACUUUGUACCACUUUAAAUAGCCAGCCUCCACAGUCCAUCUCCAGCAGCACAGGAUCCAGCCAGCCAUCAGAAUGUCAAGGAACUUCACGCCAGUGUCAGUGGUCCUCAUGAUCUUGGUGUGUUUGGAGCUGCGUUCCCGGCUGUGCCAGGUCAGCGGAGCUCCUAUCUGUGCCCACGGCCAGACGGGGUGCCACAUCCUCUCACUGGCAGACCUGUUCGAACGAGUCAUCCAGCACUCCGCUAGGAUGCACGGAAUCUCCAGUGACCUGCACUCUGAAUUCGAGCAUUACUUCCUCCCCAGCAAGAAUCACAUAGGCAACCGCAUCUGUCACACCUCAUCCAUCCUUACGCCAACUGGAAAGGAAAAUGCGCAGAGACUGACUAGAGAAGAGCUGGCGGAGGUGAUUCUGAAGCUGCUGGUGGCCUGGAGGGAUCCUCUUCGGCAGUUCCAUCAGAACAUAGCUCACCACCACGACUUCAACAACUUCAGCUCCAACAAGGCUCUGGAGAUGAGCGACAUGGUGCACGAGCUGCGCAAGGGUGUCGAAAAGGUGGCUGAGAAAAUGCAGCACCUAGGCAUGAUAAGUAACUCCCUCAGCGGCAUGUCGUCUCCGGAGGCGUUGGUUCAGUCGUCCGUCAGCGACAAGUCCCGUCUGAUGAGCGACCACGACUUGCUGUUUUGCUUCCGCCGAGACUCCAACAAAGUUCAGAACUACCUGAAGAUCCUCAAGUGUGGCAUCGUCCCGGAGCACGGCUGCUGAGACGCCCGUCCUGCUGAACACUCACGCCAGCCCCACGUCAUUCCCCGUCCGUCCCCCUCCUCUUUGUCAGCUGUAUGCUCGCCGCUUACACAGGCCUUGUUC